AUGAAUCAAAAACUCACUACGGUCAAGUAUGAUACACAUGUUGGGAAAGAGGAUGAUCCAGAGCUACAGGAUGUCUUAGGAUACCAACAAUUAGUUGGUAAAUUGCUAUAUUUGACUAUUACUAGGCCUGAUAUUUGUUUUUCAGUUGAAGUAUUGAGUCAAUUUAUGCAAAGGCCUAAAAAAUCUCAUAUGGAUGUUGCGCUAAGAGUAGUAAGAUACUUGAAGGGUGCUCCUGGUCUGGGUAUUUUCUUCAAGGCACAAGAAAUCACUACUAUGACUGUAUACUGUGACUCUGACCGUGCAGCAUGCCCUAACACUAGGAGAUCAGUGACAGGUUAUGUCGUUAAGUUGGGUGCUUCUCUCAUUUCCUGGAAGUCUAAGAAACAACACACAGUCAGUAGGAGUUCUGCAGAAGCAGAAUACAGAAGUAUGGCAGCGGCAACCGCAGAGAUCACUUGGCUUACAGGUCUUAAUGGAGCUCAGCAUCAUUUCCUCACUUCCAAGCUUGGUGUGUUAGAUAUCUUCCACCCUCCAGCUUGA